AUGAUAGAAACAAUGAAUGACAUUAGUAGCCAAGUUGGAUAUGACAUAAUGCACUGCAAUAAUGAUGACAUUAAACCUGUCAAUAGUCUGGAAAGUGAUACCCGGAAAAUUGUAAUAUUUGAUGACUUCAUUUGUGAUAAAAAUCAAAAGCCGCUUAUCGAUUAUUUUAUUCAAGGCCGACAUAAGAAUGGCAGUGUUAUUUACCUUUCUCAAUCAUUUUAUAAAACUCCAAAAGAUAUCAGACUAAACUGCAGUCAUUCUAUUGUUUAUGAUUUCCCUAGCAGUAAUGAGAGAAAUAUGAUCUCUAGAGAGCUGAAUGUAACAAAGGAUCAGUAA